AUGGAUGCUUUACGUAUUAGUACUGCUGUUAUAGGAACACUUAUUUAUAUUGCUGGUUUUAUUGGAAAUUUUUUUGCAUCAUUACUUUUUGUACAAAAAGAAUUACGUCAAGUAUCAACUGGUCUACUUUUUCUUUUACUUACUAUAACGAAUACAAUUCAUCUAUUAUCUUUAAUUUUUGAAUUUGUUGAUAGUCUAUUUGUUAUUCAAAUUUUUCCAUUCGAUGUAUUUCGAUGUCAAUUUAUUUUAUGGUUACAAAACGCAACACGUACAAUAUGUUCUUUUUUAGCAACAACAGUAUCAAUUGAUCGUUUUUUACGUUCUGAAUAUCUUAUGUUAUCACGUAGAUGGUGUACACCAAAAAAUGUUUGUAAACUCUCAAUCAUUUAUUUAUUAUUUUCAAUAUUACUUUAUUCAUUUUUCUUUUAUCCAUCAAAUACAUUUGAUAAUGAAGGCUUUUGUACAUUUGAUUUUAAUGGUACUUUUCGUAUAUUAGCCGUUUAUGUUAUGCCACCGAUACGUUUUACUCUUAUUUGUAUUAUACCGACUGUGAUUAUGGUUGCAUGUGGUUGUCGAAUGGUUUAUAAUGUUGGACAAUCACGUAAACGUGUUACUCAACAAACAAUAACACAUAAUCAAACACUUGCGACUAUUGUUGUUCCAAUAUUACAAUCAACUAAUACAACUAAUAAUGAUCGACGACAAAAUAUAGCUAGUGAUCGUGUAUUAUUGUCAAUGGUUAUAAUAAAUAUUAUUGCAUAUAUAAUAACACAAAUACCAUUUAAUAGUUAUGCUGUUUAUUAUGGUUAUGAAACAACAAAAAAUAGUUUAUCACAUUCAUUAACACGAUCAUUUCUUCUGAUGUGGAGUUCCGUUUACUUCGGUGUUGGGUUUUAUUUAUUCUGUUGUGCUUCAAGACAAUUCCGAAAACAAUUUUUAAUAAAGAUUAAAAUUAUUAAUAUUUUUCGACAUUCUUCACAAAGACGAAUGUCUUUGACAAGAAACACUUAA